GCUUUGAUAAAGUCGUCUAAAACGUGGAUGGCUGUGAUUCAUGAGUUCACGAACAAGCCGUAUCUUGCACGUCAUGUCCUUGUCCAUGUCCUUGACGAUAGUGUGUGUAACUAUCUCAGUUUCGUUCGAUGUAUCUUUUAAGAAAGAAAUCGUGGUCGUGUUUACUAUUAAUUUAGACUAUUGUUUUAAUAAUUGGCAAGUCGAGUGAAAUAACAAGGAAUUUGUUAAACAAUUGGAAUUGUGAUAUAGUCAAUUUGUGUGGUUGUGUUUGUUAUCAAGUUACUCUUUUGUUUUAAUUAAUAGAUGACAAUCGUAAAAGGUAACGGCGUCUAUGGAUUUAAAUGACAGAAAUGGUAUAUCAAUUAUCUUUAUGUGGCACUGUGGAAAUGAUGCGUAAUUUUUUGCAGAGUCGCGGUUGUAACGUCGGGAAAUUCGCUGAUUUGAUCGGUAUUACUGUGUUUUCUCGAACUUUGGAAUUAUGAUAUUGUGGAAUUACUGUUAUUGGAUAACUAUGAGAUAGUAGUUUGAUUAGCAGAGCUGAAAUUUUCCUGCCACCUACUGGUGUUGUUUAUCGUGCUGUUCCUAUCUAUCAGCCAUUUUGAAUACCUAGGAUGCUUAAGUCACCAAUAUAUUGUUUAUCACUCUGUUCUUGAUCCACUGUCCAUGUUUGACAUCUAGGAUGGAUUCUUGCGAUUAUAAUGACAUUCGGAUGGAGCGGCGAUGCAGCACCAGACCGCGCCGUCAUCGUCGGUAUCUUCGACUUCCUAUUCUGACUUCUUAAAACAACCACCGCAGCCAAAAUUCGACGAUCUCAAUAUUCGUAGCAUCAAUGCCAGAAUUGCCCAGACUGUCUUAUUACCCUGUACGGUCUGGAAUGCCGGAGACAAAGUGGUGUCGUGGAUUCGUAAAAAAGAUUUGCUUAUCAUCUCCUCUGGCAUGUUCACAUUUUCUGGCGAUAACAGAUUCGAACCUGUUUAUUCUCCGGGCAGAAACUUUUGGGGUUUACGAAUCCGAGGGGUGAAAGAAUCCGAUACAGGACAAUACGAAUGUCAAGUUAACACAGAUCCGAAAAUGAGCCUUGCCAUAAAUCUCACCGUGUCAGAUAGAGACCACAUUGUAGACGAUUUGAAAGGUGAUAGACGGAUAAGUAUCAAAGGUCCUGGACAACUUCACGUUCACAGCGGUUCUUCGGUCAUCUUAACUUGCGAAGUGUCUUGGACGUCUCAAAAUCAUUUCAAGCGGAAAAAACGGAAUAAUAAAAAGGCAAAACCAGUAAUAAAAUGGUUUCAUAACGGCUUUGAAAUCAGUUUUGAGACCAGAAGAGACGGUCUGUCGUUAGAGAACAACUCGGAUGAAUUAUGUGCAACAAGCAGACUGAGGCUGGCGUCAGUAAAAGAACAAGAUGUCGGACAGUAUACUUGCAGUGAUGGAGUUUCUGUUCCAGCGUCUGUCAAUCUGUAUGUCAUCGAAGGGGAGCAUAGUGAGGCAAUGCAGAGGGAUUUUCCCCAUUCCUCAGCAAACAGUUUUGCAAAUGUUUUCAGGGUUCUUAUAUUAUUGUGCUUUUUAAUAGUGAAAUGAACCAUUAAGUAUUUGUACUUAUAAAACUGUUCUGUUAAAUUUAAAUUUUUGUUAUCUACACUGUAAAUAUUGUAAAUAAGAAAGUACAAACUUUAGGGAUCAGCUUUAUUUUAUAACAUAAUGAUGUUAAUAUUAGUGAGUAAUUUAAAUAAUAUUACAUACCAAUUCACACAAUAUUCCAUAUUUAUACGCACUACUUAUCGAUAC